AGGAUUUAUUUAAUGAAGUAAAUAGAUUUAAGAGUUUAAUUUUAUGAUAACAUUAGUUUUAGAUUUUGAAAGAUUAUAGAGUUAUGCAAAAUGGUUUGGAAAUGCUGUGUGCCAGGUUGCACACUAUCCAGUAAAUUUCCAGUGCAUCGAUUUCCAUCAAAACCAGAAAAAUUAGAAGCAUGGUUGAAAAUUAUUGGAAAAACUGAUAUGCUCAUGUCAUCAAAAGAAGUAUUGGCCAAAUUGAGAAUUUGUACAGAACAUUUUUCAGAAGACAUAAUUAAACCUUAUGGAAUGAAAAGGAAUUUAAUUGAUAAUGCUAUGCCUAAUAGAAAUUUGCCACAGUUUAAUAAUAAUACCUUAGAAAACAAUGAAAAUAAUACAAAUUUGCCACAUUUUAAUAAUAACAUUUUAGAAAAGAAUGAUAAUGCAAAUAGUUUACAUUUGCUAAAUAAUUUUGAUGAUUCUAAUUGCAAUUUUGAUACAAAUUUACAAAAUUUAAAUAUUAUUAAUGAAAACAUGUAUGUGGAAAAUGUUCAGGACAAAGUUAAUUUGACCAUUACAUCAAGAAUACAAAGAACUGUGCAACAAAAUAGAUUGCAAACUAUAAGAAGAUUAAAAAAAAAUUUAUACAUGAAGAAAAUCAAAUUGAAAAGAUUACAACAAAAGUUAAAAAAACUGCGUUGUGAGAACACAUGGGAAAAUAUAACAGAAAAUAUGACUAAGACACAAAAAAUUUUUUUUUGAGAUGAUGCAAAGAAAUCGUAAACGUAAAUUACAAGUAUGUUUAGUAAUAUUGUAAUAUUAAAAUUAACAUUAAUAUUUGCUACGUUAACAACACUUUAUCAAAUUUCAUACAGUUGUUAGUGACAGAAUAUAUUUGAUCUGAAAAAGUGUAUUAUGUUUUCCAAUCUUGUAUGUUUAUUUUUCAUGAGAUCUUAACCAGAACAAAAAAUAUCAGAAUUAUUAUUUUUCCUAAUUUUCAUGCAUUUAUCUGUCGUAAAAUAUACCACACACACACAUGUGUAUAUACUAUUCUAAUACAUAC